AUGAACCGCGGUGAAUAUGAUCAUAACCGCGGUAUAGUAUAUCUCGUUGCUUUACGUCGAGUAAUGACCAAUAGUGGUUUUAAUGUUGUCAUUUUGACAGAUGAUAGAACAGUUUUUUUCGACCAAGAUAAUCAAGGUCGAUAUGGUCAUUAUGAUCUGCACAUUUUAGAAAAUAGUGAUGAAACAUUUGGUCGGGUUGUUUUAUCAAUAUAUGAAUCAUCAAAAAUUGAAUCUUCUAUUUCAAGAAAAGCCUAUUUACUAGAAACCAUGUUUAUUGAAACAAAUACAUCAAAUCGAAAAAAUCAAACCACAUCUUCAUCUUCAGCUAUGGAUAAACAACCAGUUGAACCAUUUGAUCAAAUGUUUACAGAAUCAUCAACAAAUCAAAUAAAUUCUAUUGUCAACUUGAAUGACAAUCAAAUUUGUCAAAUAUCAUUGGAGAAUCUUAAGAGUUUAUCUCCUGAUAAUUUUAUCAAAGAUGAAUUAGAUGAUGAUGAUGAAAUACAACAAAAAUUAAAUGAUUUAAAAGAAAAUUUUCAUCACGUUCUUAUUGAUGAAAAUGAAGAAAAAAAACUGAGUUAUUAUGAACGAACCAUGCUGAAUUAUCAAAGAUCCAUUUUGGAUAAAUUAGAAACUUUAAAUAUGAGAUUAACUGCUGUUGAACAAAGUGUAUCAUUAUUAUAUGAAAGACAAUCAAUGACAACACUUAUUAAAUUAUUGAAUGAAUCAUAUUUAAUUGAUAUUCGACAAUUAGAUACACGAAUUUUAUCAUCACUGGAAUCAGAAGAAAUGCAUUUAUUUUUUCGUUAUGUUGCAUCAUUCAUGAAAAAUGAUUAUUCUCAUCGAUGGAAUUCAAUUAAAGAUUGGUUAUACAUUUCACUUAGACCUAAAUCAAUUGAAUAUAAUUUACUUGGUUUUGGUAAAUUAGAAAAAACAAAUAGAUCGAAGCAAAUGAAAAUAAUUAAAUCUCCAGUUAAAUUAACAAAUCUUAUUCGAUAUAAUAAUCGAUCGUCUUAUGCAACAUUUGAAAAUAAUCUUAGUGAUAAUGAUAAAAAUCUAAUUGUUGUUUUUGAAGCAAUAACAUCAAAAAUAUAUUUUACAAGUGAUGCUCUAUCUGAUAUUAAUGAUCGAAAUGAUAAAUAUAACAAAUCAAUGAAAAAAUUGAUGCAUAAAUUAUAUCAAUUAGAAAGACAAAUUUAUUAUUUAUCAUUUUAUUAUUCAAUUGGUCUUCAUCAAUUUUUCGCUGGCCUCAUAUUAUUUGAAUUAUAUCGAAAUCCAUCAAUUAAUCCAGAUGAAUUAUUAAACAAGAUAAUGUCAUCAGAAGUAAUUCGUCUUUAUGUACCUUUAACAUUUCGAUUGUUCAAAAUUAAUCAAUUUAUUCUCACAUAUUAG